AUGGCUAGUGUGCAACCGGGCCAUUCUCAUGGCGACCUGCACGACGACGAGUCGCUUCUGGACGACGAUUUGAUCGAGGCCGAUGAUGCUAUCGAUGCCGAUGACCCCCUACACGAUACCUCCGACACAGCCCCUCUACGAGGCAACAUUGAAUCCGACUCCGGUUCCCGAGGCGGACGAAAUGACGGGUAUGGCAAUUAUCUGACUUCUUCAAUUCCGGGUGAAGACCGCCGCGCGACUCAGAAUACAAUCGAUGAGAGUGUCUGGGCGACCCUGUCGCGCGACUUGGUUGCCGUAUGGGAGAAGAUGCGCCAGGUGCUAUGGCCCAAGUAUCUUCUUGGCGGCAUGAUGCAGCGUGGAGGCGGUGGUAUCAAUGAUGCUGCUGAAAGAGGCGAGGCAAGUGGUUUUGGCCGUAACCUGCGCGGGCUCGUGGGACGCUGGCCAGACGCCGACGUUGUCCUGCAGGGCGGAAUGAGCGAUGGGUUGCGCGAUUGGGAUCUUUGGGGUCCCUUGGUUUUCUGCUUGGUUCUGAGCUUGUUCCUGUCUGUCGCGCACGGAGACCAGUCGUCCGCCGUCUUCUCCGGUGUCUUCUGCAUUGUCUGGAUUGGCGAAGCGGCUGUUACACUCCAGAUCAAGCUUCUGGGUGGAAAGAUUUCCUUCUUCCAAUCAGUUUGCAUUAUCGGCUACACACUAUUCCCUCUGGUGAUCGCUGCUCUUCUGAGUGCACUACGUCUUCCUACAAUCGCUCGAAUCCCGGUCUACCUUGUCCUUGUCGCAUGGUCUUUGGCAGCGGGUGUUAGUAUCUUGGGCGGGUCCGGGAUUGUUCGCAACCGCGUGGGCAUUGCGGUAUACCCGUUGUUUAUGUUCUAUAUUGCGAUUGGCUGCCUCUGUUUUAUUAGUUAA